GCCCUUUUCAGGAUCGUACCCAGGAAAGGGCAUAAUACUGCUGGAAAUAGCACGCUGCGAAACGAGGCUGUUUAGAGUGUUUACGGCGUGCUGUGGGAUCCAGAACCUUUUACUGGUACUGAAGCGAGAAAGAGACUACCGGGAAGGGCGAGAAGGAGUAAGCGCGACAAGAUGAGCAGAAAGACGAGCGUUACCGGUAAAGUACUUUACAACAAGAUAUGCGAGCUACGUCCAGAUCUGUCGUCGGGGACGACAUCCGACAUCUUGAGCAAGGUCUGCAACGAUCCGAGCACGCAGCCCUUUCUGGAGUGGUUCUGCAAGAACGUGAGCAGCGCCAAUAUUCUCUCCAGAGAGGAGAUGGAAUUAAAAAAUACAUUGGAAAAUGCAGGCGAACAGUUAAAGGGCGAAGCGCUGGACGCUGCGCUGGAAGAAGCCACUAAAGAUUGCCCGGACCUGUUGAAACUUGUCAGCCUGGACGAUACGUGUCAGGAGGAUCUGUUUGCAGAAUAUGAAGCGUUGAAGGAGAGCUGCAGAAAGGACGAGGAGUAUCUGCAGUCGUUAAAGCAGGGUAUAAAAGUUCUGAAGGAAGUCGAAAACAAGUUGGACGACGACAUCGAGGAGGAAGAAGCCAUGCUGAAUAAAGAGCAGAUCGAGCUGGAGAAGACGUACGAGGACUGCAGCGUUGUUCUGAAAGAAUUUGAUGAUGCUAAUUGUCAAUUUUCCAAGGAUAUCGAGUGCCUUCUGAACGUGUACGCCAAUGCGGCUAAGAAUCAAGGCAAGGCGGUGUUAUGGUCACAAAUGCCCAUCGACUCGUUUAUGAAGCAGAUCGAACUCUACGUUCGCUCUCUGGGUAUUCACAUAAAGAAGCAAUUCGGAACUGGCGCUACGAAGGAUAAGCAGGAAGAGGAUUCCAAUUAUGUAUCUCUGAUGAGUGACAGCAGGGAUAAGCAGAUGGAUGAAAAAUUACACGAAUUGUCCUUGUGUGAAACAAAUUUGACCAGUUCUAAGGUAGAUGAGAUUAAUGCUGGUGCUGAAGAGAAAUCUUACAUGGCAAUGUUGGAAUGCGCACAGGAUAUCUACAAUGGUGGCGUUUUGAAAGUGCCUGGUAGUAGUAAAUUGCAAGACGAGAUACAGACGUUGACUAUACAAAGGGAUAGUUUGGAGCAGAAUGUUGAGCUUUUGCGGGAUCAGCAGCUAUCGGUGGCAGCGCAAUAUGCGGAAAUGGAGAUAAUAAAGAUCUUGAAGAACGACACCCUCGCCCGUCUCGAGCGGAGGAAAGCGCGCCUCGAAAGGCUCAAGAAUUUACACUCGCUUGUGGGAAAGCACGGGCAUGUUCACGUCGACUUGCUGUGUAUGUUAAUGGAAAUGCAGUUUCGUUGCCUGCGCGAUGUUGCUGAAUUCAUCGCUGACACUCGCCAUUACCUUACCACGGAAUACGAGCUUUCCUCCACAAGAUGCGAAGUCUUGCAGCAAAAACAGGACGAAUACGCGACUCUCGUGAACGUGCAAUCUCCGAAAACCUGUAAUGUGUUUAAUCAAUUAUUCAUGUCCAUGAUGCUCGGCGAUGAUAACUCGGACAAGUCGCAGCUCUCUGCCGCUUUGAAGAGAUACGACGACCUCAUAGCUGACAACGCGGAAAAGAAGAAAUUAAUGUUGGAAACGUAUCUGACUGAUAAAAUAGACAAAUUACGGGAAUUGAAAAGCGAAGUCGAUAAGGAUUACACGGCCGAGACGCGAACCGGACCGACGAUCAGCCUCAAGCCAGCUUCAUAUGAAAUAAGCACAAAGUUCGAGGAAAUAUCCGCGACCGUUCAAGAGGUGCAGGGAGAUAUAACGAAGAUGAGAAGUCGUUUGAAAGAACGAAUGAGGAUGGACGUCAAUCUGGAACGCGAGAAGGACAUUUUAUGGCAGAGAUUCUUGGUGGAGCCCGAUACAUUAAGGAUGAAAUACGAGCAAGCCGAACAAAGAGCGAAUGAGUCUCACUUCGGAGAUGCCGUAGAAAGUAAACCGAGUGAGGCAAAUUAACGAAUUAUAUAGAAGGAACGAGAAGUGUCGAGAACAUCAGCUGGAUGACGAGGUGGAAGAGACGGAAACCGUGCUGAAUGAAUGAGCUGAUCGUAUUCUAAAUGUUAUUCCGAAGGAUUUUGAUGGAAAUAAUUGUCACCGUUUCAAGGAUAUCCAGUAUUGUAAUUAUAAAAUAUUUCUAUUUUUCAAUGCUUAUGUAUUUUUAUAUUCUUGUUAAAUUAAACGAAUUGCAAAAUAACGCA